UGAGAGCAUCAGUGCCGGAGACAACAACUCUGAGAGAGGCGCUUCUCUUGUGAGGAUGGAAACUUGGUAACAGAAAGGUACGGCAAAACGUCAGGAGACGGUAGAGCCAUGACUUGGAGGAGCCCUCUGGCCCUGGUGAGGGAUGCUCUGCAAGGUCAGAGGGCACGGGAGAAGGAACUCCGUAGCUUGGUGUCCAACCUGCCUUGUGAGGGACUGGGGAAAGCACAGCAACCCAAUCGCUUCUUCUCAUCCAACGCCAUCAAAACCACCAAAUACUCGCUUCUGUUUUUCAUUCCCAUGAACCUGUUUGAGCAGUUUCACCGUCUGGCUAACAUCUACUUCGUGGGCCUGGCGAUUCUGAACUUUAUCCCCGUGGUGAACGCCUUCCAGCCAGAGGUAGCGCUGAUCCCCAUCUGUGUCAUCCUGGCGCUGACGGCCCUGAAGGACGCCUGGGAGGACUUUAGGAGGUACCAGUCGGACAGGAAGGUCAACAACAUGCCGUGUUCCAUCUACAGCAGGAAGGCGAAACGGUUCAUGGAGAGACGAUGGAAGGAUGUGCGGGUGGGAGACUUUGUGAAGGUGGUUUGCAACGAGAUCGUCCCUGCAGACCUCCUUCUCCUCUAUUCGUCGGACCCAAACGGUGUGUGCCACAUCGAGACGGCCAAUCUGGACGGAGAAACCAACUUAAAGCAGAGGACAAUCGUGUCUGGACUUUGCACAACGGAUCGUGGAUUUGAACCUGAGAGCUUCAGCAGCACUGUGGUGUGUGAAAAACCCAACAAUAACCUGAAUCAUUUCAAGUGUUAUGUAGAGAAACCCAAUAAGGAGAAGUUGGGCGCUGGCAUCGAGAGUUUGCUGCUGCGAGGCUGCACAAUGAGAAACACGGACCACACCGUUGGAUUUGUGGUGUACGCAGGUCAUGAAACCAAGUCCAUGCUCAACAACAGCGGGUCGAGAUCCAAGCGCAGCAAACUGGAGCGAAAGCUAAACAUAGAUGUCUUCUUCUGCGUCAUUCUUCUCUUCGCCAUGUGUCUCAUCGGAUCAGUAGGUCACUACAUAUGGCUUGAGUCACUGAUUGGUGCACCCCUGUACCUGCUCCCUGACAGCAGAAGCAACAGCCUAGCUAGUUUCCACAUGUUCUUCACCAUGAUCAUCCUUCUGCAGAUCCUGAUACCCAUCUCCCUCUACUUGUCCAUUGAGCUGGUGAAGAUUGGUCAGAUCUUCUUCAUCAUUAAUGACAUUGACCUGUACGACGAGGAGACAGACAGCCGCAUGCAGUGUCGAGCUCUGAACAUCACAGAGGACCUCGGGCAGAUCGACUACAUCUUCUCCGACAAGACGGGCACCCUCACGGAGAACAAGAUGGUGUUCCGCCGAUGCUCCAUCAUGGGCACGGAGUUUGCACACAAAGAAAAUGCCAUUCGCCUUGCUGUUCUUGAUGAGCCUGAGUCCGAGGAGGAAGUCAUCUUCAACCAUCGUCUACAGAAGCCUCGGACCAGCUGGUAUUUGGAAGCUGAGGACACCAGUCCUGUGGACACACAUCAACACGGCUGGAGGAAAAGCAAAGCGGUGGGAAUGGCCCAGAGCGAUGUGGCCUUCAGCAGUCUACUGGAAACUGAGGUGAUUCCAGACCAGAACCUGGUCCAGCAGAUUAGCCGAGCGGAGAGCAGCAGCCGCAGAGGCGGCAGCCGGAAGAUAGAUCCUUACCUGGACUUCUUUCUGGCUCUCACCAUUUGCAACACGGUGGUGGUUUCCAUGACAACAGCUCGGAGACGGAGGGCGAGUGUGUUUCAACGCUUCUCCCAGACAACUAACCCUUUGGAAGUAUUAUCCAGUCUGGCAAAAAAAGCCAGUUUAUUCAUCCAAGGCAAAUCCGGUAGAAACCGCACCCAGUCCCAGGACUCAGUCGUAGACUCUGUAAGGAUGGAGAGCACUACAGACACCUAUGGCCUGCCUCAGAGCGACAGGCCUGCAGCAGCAGCAGCCACAGUGGGGUCAGAGGAUCUGUACUACGAAGCAGAGAGUCCAGACGAGGCUGCCUUGGUGUACGCAGCCAGGGCAUACGGGUUCAUCCUGCUGGCUCGCACCCCUAACAGUGUAACUGUGAGGCUCCCAUCUGGACAAGUCCUAGACUUUGAGGUGCUGGACAGCUUGACCUUUGACUCUAACAGGAAGAGAAUGUCUGUGAUGGUGCGACACCCAAUCACCAAAGAAUGUGUGCUAUACACUAAAGGUGCGGAUUACGCCAUCAUGGAGCUGCUUGGAACGCCAUACGCAGAACACCUGGGACAGAAUCAGAAAAACAUGGCAUCAGAUACUCAACGUCACCUUGACUGCUACGCUAAGGAGGGCCUCCGCACUCUGUGCAUCGCAAAGAAGGUUGUGAGUGAAGACGAUUACAGAAGCUGGUUAGUGGACAGAAAGAGUGCUCAGGCUGCUAUAGACCACAAGGAGGAGCUCAUCAUGGACACAGCUGUGCAGAUGGAGACCAACCUCACCCUGCUAGGGGCAACGGGAAUCGAGGACCGUCUGCAGGAGAACGUCCCAGACACCACUGUGGCUCUACGAGAGGCAGGGAUCCAUGUGUGGGUGCUGACAGGUGACAAGACCGAGACGGCCGUCAACAUCGGCUAUGCCUGCAGGCUACUGGAGGAGGACGACCUGUUGAUUAACAUGAGCUGUAAAAGCAAGGUGAGGAGGCAGAUGUACGCGUUUCACGUGCUGAAGAAUUCCAUAUCCCCUUCCCCGCUCCUGCAAGGCCGGAAACUGGACCGGAUGGACCCCAACGCAAGAGAUCAGUUGAUUAGGGAGUGGAGGGGUUUCCGAGGAGGAGGAGAGCAGGUCAAACGCUACCAGCUGUCCACCCCACCCUCUCCCACUCAGGAAACCCCUGUGGACUUUCUUCCUGAAUUUCUCAACGAUGCUGAAACCACGAGUGAUGAUUUCAGUCUGAAUGUCACCACUCAUCAGAGACCUGUGUACACAUGA